UAAUACCAAUAAUUUAUGAUUUUAGCUAUAUACCUCAAGCUAAAUGCACCUUCUAGAAGUAAGCAAGUCUUUUUUAAUUUUUAAAAAUCUUUUUCUGCUUUUUCCCUGCAUACAACUAGUAAAGAUAGCAACAAAAGCCACAAAUCAAGCCAAAAACAAGACUUAUAAAUUAAAAAAAAAAAAAAAGAAGAAAGAAACAAAACCUUAGGUGGAAAUUACCAACUCUAAAAUUGACUCUCGUUAUAGGUUAGCGUUAGUCUUGACGAAUGUGAUCUUGUCUCAAGCUAACCAAAGCUGUCAAGCAAUUUAUACUUAACAAGUUUGGUGAUCUUAAAGGUGUUUUAGGUCAUCUACAAUGUUUCCUUGACAACUUCACAUCAAAUAUCACUCUUGAAGAAAGUUUCCUACUAUGAUAGAUAAGAGAAAUAUACUCCUUCCAACUUGGGCAUGGUUAGAAAACUUAUUUUUCAGGAGUAAAAAGGGGAAGAAGAGUGAAACUAACCCGCACAUAGAUUUGCACAAGGCAUCAUUGAAAACAUAGUUUAUGUAGUUCUUUGCUUCAGGUAAUGGCACUCGUGGUCCUGGCAAUUGUGAUUGCUGCAGUGAUAAGCAAAGAAGCCUGCUUCGUCCAUGGUGAUAUUGGCACUGCAUCAUUUUAUAGCCCUCCGUACAUACCAACAAAAUGUGACGGUAAUAAAGAAGAACAGUUUCCACCUGGGAAUCUGUUUGUUGCUGUUAGCGAGGGAUUAUGGGACAAUGGUGCUGCUUGUGGGAGGCGCUACAGAUUAAGAUGCCUAAGCGGACCCAAGAGACCUUGUAAGCGUAGAACCAUUGAUGUCAAAGUGGUGGAUUUCUGCCCCGUCACACCAUGCCCCUCUACAAUUAUGCUGUCCAAGGAUGCUUUUGCAACUAUUUCUCAUCGACGUGGAAGGAAAAUCAAUAUCGAAUAUAUCCAGAUUUGAGAGAGUAGCUAGCAUGGGUACAAUCAGAUCAAAGUACCAGCUUCUGCCUGUGUAAGAAGAAAUUGCAAAUAGUGAACAUAUUAGAAGUGUGAUAAAGAUGUUAAUACGAAGUCCAAAAUUCUUUCACUGAUUGAAAGAAUUGUCAGUAACUUUAGCUUAUGUUUGGAUUGAAGUUUGUAAAUGAAAGGAAAGGAAAAGAAAGGUUUUGAAAGCGAAAGAAAUGAUAGUUCAUUCUCUUAUUUGGAUAACUAAAAUUACUGAAGAAAAGGAAAGAAAUGAAUUGAUCACAACCUU